GGAUCGUUAUAAGGCACGACUUGUUGCCAAGGGCUUCACACAAAUUGCCGGCAUUGACUAUCACGACACCUUUGCCCCCGUCGCCAAGAUCGUCAGAGUUCGUUGCUUGAUCGCAGUUGUCGUGGCUCACCGUUGGAGCCUCCACCAACUUGAUGUCAACAAUGCAUUUCUCCAUGGUGAUCUCCAAGAAGAAGUUUACAUGAAAGUUCCCCAAGGAUUCACUCACCCAGGGGAUACGCGAGUUUGUCGACUCCGCUGGUCACUCUAUGGCCUCCGCCAAGCCUCUCGCAAUUGGCAUGCAAAAUUCACCACAUUUCUUCUCCAACUGGGAUUUCAACAGUCCCACGCCGAUUACUCGUUGUUUACAGCCACUAGGGGAAGUUCUCUAGUUCUCGUCCUCAUCUAUGUUGAUGAUAUCAUUUUUGACAGGAGAUAAUGAUGAAUUCAUCGCCUAUGAUAAGUCAAGACUCGAUACUCAGUUCAGCAUCAAAGACCUCGGACCCCUCAAAUACUUCAUUGGCAUCGAAGUUGCUCGCUCGAGGUGGCGUGGUUCUCAGCCAGCGGAAAUACACUCUAGAUAUUCUUUCUGAUAGUGGUCUCACUGAUAGCCGCCCUAGUGGUUUCCCCAUCGAGCAACAUCACAAACUUGCUUUGUCCGAGACUCCGUAUGCCGAUCCAGAGCCCUAUCGCCGCCUUAUUGGUCGUCUUCUCUACCUAACAGUCACCAGACCCGACAUUCAGUAUGAAGUCAACUUCUUGUGUCAAUUUGUGGGUAAUCCUAAGCAGGAACAUGUAAUUGCCGCUCAUCGAGUCCUUCUCUAUCUGAAGCGCUCACUUGGUCAGGGACUUUUCUUUCCCACCACCAACCCUCUCUCCUUACGUGCUUACUGUGAUGCCGAUUGUGGGGGGGGCUGUCUUCUUACUAGCACUACAGGUUACAUCAUUUGCCUCGGCGGUGCCGCUGUCUCCUGGCGUACAAAGAAACAACAAGUCGUAGCCCGAUCUUCCGCCGAAGCCGAGUAUCGUGCCAUGGCUACCACUAUUAGUGAAAUCAUUUGGCUUCGCACGUUACUCCGUGACCUUGGCGUCCCAGUUCCUGAUCCUACUCGUCUUUACUGUGAUAAUCAAGCCGCCCUUCAUAUCGCCAACAAUCCAGUCUUUCAUGAGCGCACCAAACACGUGGAAAUGGAUUAUCACUUCGUCUGAGAACGAGUACAGAGUCAGGAAGUCCAAACAAUCAAGAUAAACACUUGGGAUCAAAUCGCUGACUUAUUCAAAAAAGGUCUCGGCUCCGAUCAAUUUCAUCACCUUCUUUGCAAGCUAGCCGUUCGUGAUUUACACGCGCCAGCUUGAGGGGGAGUAUUAGAGUAUCAUAAUCUCCAUUCAUUCACGGACAGCUCAUGCCUGCAAUAACCAUCAACCACAAACAACACUCAAUUCCAUGCCACACCUCUCCAUAAGAACGUCAGAAACCCAUUCUCCUUAAUUACUAGAUAAACCAAGAUAAUGUUUAUUUCCUUUCCUUCAGCACCGACAGUUGUAGCUUUCUUGUAUAAAUUCCAUUGUGUUUA